UUCUUCCCUACUUACUUCCCUACCUUUUAUCCAGCUUGGUGCACACUUUGAGUCUAGACUAGAUGGUUAAACUUUUAUACUUAAAAGAGAACCUGAAGCUUUUUCAUCAUGAUUUUUCAAACACUUUUUGAUCAAAUGGACUUCACUGGUUGGUUGUUGUUAGUGUUUUUGUUACUGCUUUUAAUUGAUGUGGUGAAAAACAGGAGACCUCCCAACUUCCCCCCAGGACCCUGGGCUGCACCCUUUCUAGGAAAUAUCUUCACUGGACUGGAUUUCAAAUCUCUGCAGAAGCUCACACAGAAAUAUGGCUCCGUGUUCAGUGUGAGGAAAGGCAGCGAGAGGUUAGUUUUUAUUUCGGGCUACAAAAUGGUCAAAGAGGCUCUCGUCAACCAGCUGGACAGCUUUGUUGAUCGACCAAUAAUUCCUCUUUUUCAUGUCAUCUUCAAGGGCCUUGGUAUUGGUCUGAGCAGUGGUUACUUGUGGAAGAAGCAGAGGAAGUUUGCAAGCACUCACCUACGUUACUUUGGAGAAGGACAGAAAAGUCUAGAGAAAUAUAUUGAAGUGGAAUGCAACUUUCUCUCUGAAGCCUUCAAAGAGGAACAAGGAAGACCGUUCAACCCUCACUACACUCUAACAAAUGCAGUGAGUAACAUUGUCUGCUCCGUUGUCUUUGGGCAUCGGUUCGAGUACUCUGAUCCAAGCUAUCGUAGAAUCCUGGAGCUGGAUAACGAAGCUGUUGUGCUGGCCGGCUCACUCCGUACUCAGCUGUAUGAUGUGUUUCCUGGUCUGAUGAAGCACCUACCAGGACCUCACCAGACCGUCCACGCCAACUACAGGCAGAUUGUUGCCUUUUUGAGGAAGGAAAUAGAGAAACACCAGGAGGAGUGGAACCCAGAGGACCCACGGGAUUAUAUUGAUGCCUACCUGGCAGAGAUGGAGAAGAAAAAAGAAGAUCCUCAAGCUGGUUUCAACACUGACACACUGCUAAUUUGCAUCUUGGACCUGAUUGAAGCAGGAACAGAAUCAGCUGCCACCACGUUACGCUGGGCCCUUGUAUUCAUGAUGAACUACCCGGAGAUACAGGAGAAAGUCCAGGCAGAGAUAGACAGGGUGAUCGGACAGUCUCGUCAACCCACCAUGGCUGACAGACCCAACCUGCCCUACACAGACGCCGUCAUCCACGAGACCCAACGAUAUGGAAACAUUGUUCCCAUGGGGUUCCCUAAAAUGGCCAGCAAAGACUCAACACUGGGAGGGUUCUUCAUUCCCAAGGGUACAAUUGUUACGACAAUCCUUGCAUCUGUACUCUAUGAUAAAAAAGAAUGGGAGACACCUGAUGUCUUCAAUCCUGGACAUUUCUUGGACUCAGAGGGAAAAUUCCUCAGAAACGAGGCUUUCUUACCAUUUUCAGCAGGUAAACGUUUUUGUGUAGGAGAGCACCUGGCCAAAAUGGAGCUGUUCCUUUUCUUUACAACUCUACUCCAGCGUUUCACCUUCACUCCUGUUCCUGGAGAAAUGCCCAGCUUGGAGGGUGUGAUGGGCUUCACUUAUUCCCCCGAGGAGUUCAGGAUGCUCGCCAUACCUCGCUGAUAUCUUCACAACCAAACUCCAGAUGUCAGCAACUCCCGUUAUUUUGAUUACACAUUAUGCAAAAUGUUCCAAUUGCUAAAUAUAUUUUGUGGAAUGUUAAUUAGAUAAGUUUGUCUGAAGUAAAGACACAGACGUUGACUGGCCGUAGUUUAGAAAUUUUGAUUCAUGCUGUUAUUCCAUAAACCUUCAAGUCAUAAAUCCGUAGGCAUAAUUCUUGAAGACUCAGCUCUUCAUAGAACAUCUCCAACUCAUAACAUUGUGAACACACUUCCUUCUAUGCUUGCUCACAGUGUAUUUCUACACCAGCACCUUUGAUGCUGACUAGCAUCUUUCCUUCUAUGUAGCCUAUUGUUAGCCUCUUUAAUAACAGCAUUGUUACAACCUCAUUUGCAAGCUGCCUCAGACAAAAGCGUCGGCCAACUCAUAAACAUUAACAUUUUAGCUUUUUUGUUUAUUUCAAUGUAUGAAAUGAGGAUUUUUCAGAGAGGACCAUUACACAAAAUGUCUAGUUAAAGUAUUGUUGUAUUAGAGUGUACAUUUCAAAACAUACUCUGGCCUCAGGAAAACAUGGUCCGAUGUCAGAUCAAAGGGCCUCAGAUGUCAGUCCACAGAAGAAAAAGCAUCAGGUUUUACUGGAAAUCCAUCAACCUUCUGACACUUUCAGAUAAGCCUCUCUCAGAUAAGAGUCUCAGAGAAAACCUGCCAACAGGUGGCACUGUUGUCAGUUCACGGCCAAAUUGUAUCCAGUGGAAGAACAUAUGAUUCAAGCUUCUAACAUGAUUUAUCAUAUGUGCAUUUCACAAUCUAACUGCAACCUUAUAUAACACAAUCAUAGUAAAAGUACAGAGGAAAGGGAGAACUACUUUAACUUAACAAGGUUAUAUUAGACAACUUUUGUGUUCUAAGCACUGCCAUGUGUUUAUGGCCCAUUUCUAACACCUUUUGAUUUGCACCUGACCUCAAUGUCAGAAAGUUUCUCUCUGAGGAACAUUCAAGGUUUUUUUGUGUUUUUUUUCUGACACCGUUUUCUCUGAUGCCAUUAAAGGUGUUCAAUACAACAAAUACAUUUUCAGUGGUCUCUAGUAGGAAUAAAUGCCUUGUAAAUUGCACUCUGGGGGAAAAAAACACUGGUCCACUAAUUUCAGGAACUAGAAGUGACCCACAAUACAGCUGAGCUUCAGAUGGCAGGUUUUGGAGUGUUAUUUCCUGAUAUUCAGACAUCUCUCCUCUGGCUAAUAGCAAUGUGACUACUACUGCGAGAUAGAAGAUCAGAAAUGAGAUUUAACAUGUUUUUUCAGUGUUCUACACCUUUAAAUCAGAAUGUUUCUUUUUCUUCGUUUGUCUGACAACUGAGUCCAUAAUAUUUGAUGUAUGUUCCUGAGACUUGUUGUGUGUUGAACCGCUAGGUGACAGUAAUGCUUGAAUAUAACUUACCACGCGUAGAAGUAAGAAGAAGGCCUAGUCCCGAUACUCACACUUCCACCCUUGCACCCCUCAAAUGCACAUUGCUGUCCAGGGGUGUGAAUGCUUAGGGUGUCCUGAAAUCUGAAAUUUGACCAUGCCCCUUUUGCUCCCCUGAUCUGCACUUCGCUGAAGUCUGCAUUGAUUGCAGGAAGGGUAUUACCCACAAUCCAUUGCAGCAUGAGAAUUUUGAGAAGAAUGUGGAGCUAUGGCUCAAGUGCCUUUUCUGAAAAUAUGCUUGCUUCAUGAGUAAAAGAUUGAAUGUGGAACACGAACACCACAGCGACAUCUAGUGUGUGCAGGUUGUAGUUGCAACGAUAGAACCAAGUUUCCAAGUUCGCUGCCGACACGUGAGGUGUUUUAUCUGGGUCCAUCUGUUGUAGGCUUCACCUAAACUCACUCUGGGUUUGGAUCUUUUAUGGUCGCUCCUCUUCUGAGAAGGAUAACGACAUCCUCUGGGCUCAGAAGCAGCUGUUUGGCUUUCCGAGCCUGCCGUUUUCCACAGGCAACCACGGGUGUAAAAAUAAACCCAGUGCCAAGCCCGUCAAAUUAAACAUUGGUUUAUUUUUUCAUUCUAAUAAAGCUUUUCAGUAAAAUACUGUACCUUCAUUGUGCACACCUCUAAAUGCCCCGUGGAGGUAUUAUUGUUUAAAAAUAAAUUAUUAAAUUGUUCCAUAUUCAACCUUCAAGCUGCACCUGUUGAUUAAAUAAUGAGCCUUGACAUAAUGACUGAAAGAUCUGAGAGACAGAAUUCAUCAAUUCUCAUAUUUGCUGUUGAAAUCUUCAAAGAAGACUCAUGCACGUCUCUUUAUUGAUCAUGUAAGCUAAGUUUGCCCUU